GGAAGAAGAAGUGUGUUGUUUUGUUGUUGGGCUAUCGCAGGCAAAAAUGGGGGAAUUUUCCUCUUUUGUCCGUAUCGUAGCACUUUUUGCCUCUACAUUGGCUUCCCAGGAUGUGUUUGAUGCCGUUUUGGGACACACCGGAUCUUGCCGAAAGUCCUGUGAAAUGACAUACAGUUUGCACACAUAUCCUCGGGAGGAAGAACUCUACGCCUGUCAAAGAGGAUGUCGUCUUUUUGCAAUUUGUCAAUUUGUACGAGACACAGAUGACCUGAAUCAGACCAGAAGCGAGUGUGAAUCCUCUUGUAAUGAAGCCUACAGUCCGUCAGACGAGCAGUUUGCCUGUAACCUGGGCUGCCAAAACCAGAUUCCUUCCACAGUGCAGCGCCAGGAGCAGCUGGAGGCGAUGGUUCCGCGGAUGCACCUGCUUCACCCCCUGACUUUGGUGAGGGGGAUGUGGGAGGACAUGAUGAGCCAGGCCCACAGCUUCGUCUCCUCCUCCUGGACCUUCUACCUUCAAGCUGAUGACGGAAAAGUGGUAAUUUUCCAGACUGAGCCACAGAUUCGAGUUUACUCUCAGAUUGAAGUGGACAAUGAUGCCAAAGAGGAACCACAGAAGAACUUUUUGAACAGUCCAAUUUACAAAGAAUAUCAGCACACUUUAAUCCAAGAGCGAGACAGAGACAUGAAUGAACGCACGUAUGAAGGAGACUACAAUAUUUUUGGUUGUCUGGCAAGAAACCCAUGGCUGCCAGGCUGGAUUCUAACCACAACCCUGGUCCUGUCUGUUUUGGUCCUGAUCUGGAUUUGCUGUGCCACUGUAGCAACAGCUGUAGACCAAUAUGUCCCUGCAGAGAAGCUGAGUAUUUAUGGCGACAAUGAGUAUCUUGAUGAAAAGAAACUCAUUCCUUACCCACAAUCCUCUCUGGUCAUCAUCACCUCCAAAGCCCCUGAAGAAGAGGCUGGACCACUGCCCUCCAAAGUCGACCUGGGGAAGUCCGACAUCUAGUGGCCAAAACGAAGCACAGAAUGGAACUUUAUUUUAUUUGAUUUGCUUGGGGCUUAUGGUCUAAACAGAGAUGCAGCAUAUUUUAAUGCAAUAUCCGAAUCUCUAAUUAAUUUUAAGCUUCAAGGUUUUUGUGUAUAUUGGUAAAUUAAGGCAUUCUAAUUUCUUUUUGCCAGUAUAAUUUGGGUACCUAAGUUUUUUGUGUGCAAUUUCUUUGGAGUGCUUGUUUUAUCUGAUGUUAAAAUUAAUUCUCAGUGACUUGAAGUGAACACAGGUUUUCUCCUAAAAACUCACCUUUGGUAAAAAUAGAUGUGCUAAUUCUCUACCUUUCGGACAUCAUGUUUGUAUGGCAGUUAUAUUACAUUUUACUAUUAAAAUCUAUACUAUUAAAGUCAUUAAACUUG